GAUGAGGUGUGUGUGGGAGGGGUGUGGGGAACUUGUGAGUGAGUGUAAAAUAAGUGUGUUUGUAAUCGAUAUUUUAUAAGUAGUGAAGAUAUUUUGCUGUUUGGAGAAAUAGCAACACAGGUCUCACUCAACAUGGAGGGUCUCGUCCGUUGCUCGGCCAACCACGUCCCUCUCACUCCCAUCAGCUUCUUGGAGCGGUCGGCCAAGGUCUACAGAGACGUGACCUCGGUGGUGUACGGCAAGGUGAAGUAUACUUGGAGUGAGACUCACGAGCGGUGCCGUAGAGUGGCCUCUGCUCUGUCCCGGCUGGGAAUUUCCUGGGGCGAUGUGAUAGCCACCUUGGCUCCCAACGUCCCUGCGGUGUAUGAGCUGCAUUUUGGCCCCAUGGCUGGAGCGAUCCUCUGCACGCUCAACACCCGGCACGACCCAUCCAUGGUGUCGGUUCUUCUGAAACAUUCGAGAGCCAAGAUCAUUUUCGUGGACCAUCAGCUACUUGAAGUUGCUCGCUGUGCAAUUGAUAUGUUCAACAAGACAGAAACAGAACCCCCGAUUGUAGUCCUUAUUUCUGAAUCGGAUGAUUCGGUUCCUUUUGCAUCUUCAGGCAUUUGCGAGUAUGAAGGACUUGUGGCCUCGGGGUCAUCCGAUUUCGAGGUGCGCCGACCACACAGCGAAUGGGAUCCUAUCAGCAUAAACUAUACUUCCGGGACGACAUCACAGCCCAAAGGAGUUGUCUAUAGCCAUAGAGGUGCGUAUCUAAAUUCCAUCGCGACAUUUCUUCUUCAUGGGAUGGGCCCGAUGCCAGUUUACCUGUGGACAGUGCCUAUGUUCCAUUGCAACGGAUGGUGCUUGACUUGGGGAGUGGCGGCACAAGGUGGCACCAACGUGUGCCUCCGAAAAGUCUCUCCGAAGGGAAUAUUUGAUAGCAUUGCUAUGCAUAACGUAACUCACAUGGGAGGAGCGCCGACUGUCCUGAAUAUGAUUGUUAACUCAGCGGAAGAUGAUCGACGGCCUCUUCCUCGCAAGGUGGAAAUCAUGACGGGUGGUUCGCCGCCGCCUCCACAAAUCCUAUUCAAGAUGGAAGAGCUUGGUUUCGGCGUAACGCACGUGUAUGGCUUGACAGAAACUUACGGCCCAGCGACGUACUGUGCGUGGAAGCCUGAGUGGGACUCUCUGCCCUCUGACCAAAGAUCGAACAUCAAAGCUCGACAAGGGAUGCAACAUCUUGGCCUCGACGAAGUCGACGUCAGAGAUCCGGUCACAAUGGAGAGCGUUCCUAGUGAUGGUAAAUCUCUAGGAGAGAUCUUGUUCAGAGGAAACACUGUCAUGAGCGGGUACUAUAAGAAUCAGGAAGCGACGGAGAAGGCAUUCGAGGGCGGAUGGUUUCAUAGCGGAGACCUUGCCGUGAAGCAUCCCGAUGGCUACAUCGAAGUAAAAGAUCGUUUGAAAGACGUUAUAAUUUCGGGAGGAGAAAAUAUAAGCACCGUGGAGGUGGAGACGGUUCUGUACAGCCAUCCGGCGGUUCUAGAGGCCGCGGUGGUCGCGCGUCCCGAUAGUUUUUGGGGCGAAAUGCCUUGCGCAUUCGUGAAGUUAAAGGAGGGACGUGACGCCGAUGCUCAGGAGAUCAUAGGAUUCUGCCGAGAUCAUUUGCCUCAUUACAUGGCUCCUCGUACAGUCGUGUUCGAGGAUUUGCCAAGAACUUCGACCGGAAAGACACAAAAGUUCAUUCUGAGGGAAAAAGCAAAGGCCAUGGGCAGCCUCUCAUGAACCAAGCAUUUCGCAAUCUCUCCCCAGAACUUGUGU